GCGCGCGCUUUACGAAGAAUCCGCGAUGGCGGAUUGGAGGGAAGCGUUUGCGAUUUGCGAAAAGGAAAUCUCGUCGGUCUGCGAGUCCAGGCGGAGCGUUUAGGCUCGCAUUGCGUGAUAAACGAGAUCACGAGGUCCGAAAUUCUCAGAUCGACAGUUGGAGACGCGAGAGGAAACGUCGGAGGCAGGCAGUCUCCGUCUCCGCUGCGUAAGCUACAAGAGCUACUCUGUUCGAACGACGAAGAAAGAUGAUAGGAAGGUUGCAGGAAGUUCGUUGUGUAGGAAAUUCGGUUUCGAAGCGACGCAGAAAAGUGGAAGAAAGGAAAGGUGUGAGAAGAGGGAAAAGGAGAAGAACGAGACAGGCGCGGGGGAGAGCCGUGCAAAGGAUACCAUAAAAAUGCUUUAUACCGUAAUAAGGAGGUACGUAACAGCGUUGCAAACUAAUGAAAUUACGCGCGUAAUCGCGAUGGCUGUUUCUCGAACGAACAGAAGGUUUGCUUCGCUCGCGACGCAAGACGUAUACAAGAUUUUUUUCGAUAGAUCGAGAGAUAUCGUGAAAGCGUAAGAAGCUGAUGGGAAAGGUGAAGCGGUAAGAGCAAUGUUGGCGGUAAAAGCGAUUGUAGGGAUGGGGUUGUGGUGGUGGAUGGCGGCGGCGGCGGCAGGCGAGGGAAACGUGGUACGAAACGAGGAUAUCUGCGGCGUUCAAAACGGACGGCGGCUGUAUCUGGAGCUGGGCGAGAAGGGCAUACUGUACGCGAAGAACGUCUCGUUCGCGAAGAACGAGGCCAGGCAAGAGGGCUCGCGCGUAUACACGAGCAACAGCUCGCACGCCCAGUGCAGCCUCGAGUUGGUGACGUGCCCGUCGUGCGUGAUUAUCGCCACGUUUGGGAAUAUCGCGUUGCCGCACCAUUGCGGCGACGGAAGCGUCACGAUGGACAGCCCCUGCAGGUGCGACUACGUUUGGAUCUCGGAGCCGCCGUACGAGGACGUGUCGGGAACACCGUUCUGCGGCUUGUACGCACCGAUCACGUACAGAUCUAGCACGAGAACCUUGUCCAUCACCCUGCUCUACAGCCAGUCGCACAAGCACGCGUUCACGCUCGAGUACACGGCAGAGAGGAACAGGUUGCACCUGAGGGGCACGGAAUUGACGACGACGACGACGACGAGCGGUCAGGCGGCCAACAGCGGACUGAACAACACGGGCGGUGGGAUUCUAACGUCCCCGUUCUUCCCUGCUCGGUAUCCCCGCGACCUUGGCAUGGAAUACGUGGUCAGCUGCCCGAGCGAGGCACCCUCCUGCCGCAUCAGGUUGCUGUUUAGCGACUUUCAGCUGGCGACCGUGUCGAUAAUGGAGUUUUACGAUUGGAACGGCCAACGACUGGACGUGAGCAGCGGCGCGAGGUUUCGCCCGCCGGUGAUCAUGAGCACCGGACCGUCGUUGCUGUUGCGAUUCUACGCGAACGGGGGCACCGGUUUGGGCUACAAGGCCUUCUACUCGUUCGUGAUCGGACACCCGUUGGACAAGUCGGUGCAACCGAUAACCGACUGCGGCGGCUACGUGGAGAAUCUCGGCGGCACCAUUACCAUGAUGGACAUGGUGGGCGAGGGGGUGAAAACGUACGACUGCGUUUGGCUGAUCAGACCGCCGAAGAACUUUUUGCACAUGAAGACGCACAUGUAUCUAAAGGUGAUUGCGUUCGCGGACAUGGCUGGCAACACCGAGCUGGUGGUGAAACAGGGGCCCACGUCGGCGCUGUUGCCCCUCGAGAUCCUGAGACAUCCGGCGAGCCAAGUGCAACCACCGAGGCACAGGGAGCACGUGGCACCAGUCACCAGCGGCUUUCACGUGAGCCUGCGGGGAACGUUUGGUCCGCCGUCGCAGCUGGCCAUCGCGUACGCGGCCUUUAGUUACAUGGACUGUUUCGCUGGCUCGGACUUUCUCUGCCGCAACCACAGAUGCAUACCGAGUCAACUGAAUUGCGACGGUUUCGAUCACUGCGGCGACAACAGCGACGAGCCGGCCACCUGCUUUCGAGAUUGGGAGCUGGAGCCUCAGGAUCGAAAGUGGCACGCGAACAAGGCAAACUACUACUUUCCAAAGAUCGAUCGUUACCCGGACUUGAAGACGGCCACACUGGUGUUUGUGGCGAGCAGCCUGGGCCUGAUCGUGCUGAUAUCCGCGCUGAUCAUCUUGCUGUACAGAAUGGGCGCCAGGGCCAGACAGCAGAGGGAGCUGCAGUCGCGGCUGCAGACGAUCAGCGAGCUUCUAGUUUUCGAUAUUGCAGACGGCGCGCGUAUCGACGAGAUCGCUGUGGCUGACGACCCGCCGGUGUACGAGGCACCGCCCGGCUACGACGAGGUGGUGAAGCUCGGAUUCGACUCGGAUUCGACGAUCGGUCGGAAGAAGAGGAGAGCCGCGUUUGGUCGGGAGCCGCGCGGUCGAAGCUCUCCCAGUCAAAGCUGCUCGUUGGACGUUGGUCGUUCGGUGGGCGAGUCGGCAGGCAGCAGCCGCGGAACGGGCCGCGCCGCAGCGUGCAGCCAGGACGCGGCCCUCUCGAAGAGUCGCGCGGCGACUCGAGUGCCAGAGAGCCCGCCGCCACCGUACGUCACUCCGCCAGGAUCGAUCUCGCGUCAUUUCAGCGUGUCCGGACUAGCGUCGGUCGAUUCGAACGAGCGUGAACGACAAGAGGAGGAGGAGGAGGAGGAAGAGGAAACGGUUCGACGGGGCUGGUUUCGUCGAACCGACGACGAACGACACUCGUCGUCGUCACUGUCCGGAAACGACGAUUCCCCGGGCUCGUCCUCGCCGAAGAGCGUCGAGCGUCGGACGUCGAUCGACGCCGAGUUACUCGGUGCGUAUCCGCGGAUUCGCAGCGCUUCGAACACUUCGAGCCGAACGGCCGAUGCCUCGUGUGAUUCGCAGCGGAGGUGCUCGCCCGCUGCUUCGACCAGCACGGAGCAGCCAUCGCCUCGUCGCGGCGAGGAAGAUGGAGACGCGGUAGAAACGAUCGGCGACUCGGUCACGGUGGGACGAGUCGGAGAGGUGUCAAAGGAGGGACAGCUGGCCGAGGUGGUCGCGGACAGCGAUCUCGCCGUCGAGGAUAAGGCACGCUCGGCCAAGGUUCAGUCGGACGACGGUUGUUCGUGCGAGGGUGCCUGCGGCUGCGCCACCGUGCGCCGUUCGUCGUCGUUCAAAGAGCGAUCGGUCGGUCGCCUGUGGCCCCCUCGGUCGAACCUUCGUUGCAUCUCGAUGGAGGAGGACGUGGCGAGAGAGGCUGGAAGGGACUGGGAACAAGGGCGAAACGAGGACGACGACGACGAAGAAGAGGAGGAGGAGGAGGACGAGGAGGAAUUGGAAUCGUUCGAAUCGAGAAGCAGCACGAUCGUGAAGUUACUCGGCGGCAGCAGGGCGAGAGGGAAGCGAGAGACGAAGAGGAACGCCGGUUCGCCGGCAGCGUGCGGCGGCACGUUUGGAAGAUCGGCGAGAAAGAAGAUGCCGAUACAUCCGCGCGAUGGAUACCUCGGCCGAUCGUCGACGAUCGGCGGGUUGAUCAACAGUUACGAGAGGCUGAGCAGAGUCGGCGAGUUGAGAGGGAGCCAGAGGGGCAUGCACGCCUCCUCCGACCCGGCCUCGGUCGGUUCGUCGCGCGGCAACAACGUCGGCGGCUGCCGACGAUACUCGACGAGCUGCGAUCUGGAGAGUCUCUACGAAGGGAUCCGGAUGCUGGACGAGCUGCUGGUACGGAGGGGCCUGGCGGUCGCGCACGGCCGCAAGCAAUCGGUGACGGUGAUGUUGUUCGGAACGCCGAGGCACGGGGCGACGACGCGUCGACGAUCGGUUGGCGAGGAGGGGACGAUUCGCGAGAUUGGACGCGUUUCUCGAUUCAGCCUCGACGCUCUUUCCAAUUGACGGUCUCGGCGAGAUGAAAAAGAGAGAUGAGAGAGAGAAUAUUUUUUUGCGAAAAAGAUUUAUUUUUGGUAACACGUCGACGUAUCGAACGCCUUUGACGACGUUUGAUCGUGGCCAUUCGUUGCAUAUCCCUUUCUCGCAGAGCAGAUUCGCGAGAGAUUAGGGAGAGUUGCGCUUAAAGAGACGUAGUAAAAUAUACUGUACAUACAUACGUGUGUAUAUAUAUAUAUAUAUAUAUAGAUAUUGUACAGACUA